UUAAAAAAAAAGAUUUUAUUCACAAAUUAAAUUUGACAUCUACUUUUAAGGAAUAAAAAUAUUUUUUUUCUUUUCUAUUAAUGUGUGUGUUUUUGUAAAAAAAAAAAUGAUUUGUGCCUUACUAUUAUUUUUGUUAACAUGAUGUGUUCGUUGCACAACAGUUUGAAAUUACAACUGACAUUUUUUUAUUUUAAUACUGUUAAAAGUUCUUUUUUAAUCUAGCAAAAAAAAAUUUGAAAAAACAAAUUUUUUUUUUGGUGUUAACUUAUUUUUUGUUUUUAAUUUUUUAAUUUAUUUAUUAUUGUCAGUGAAGUGAAUUAUUUAUUAUUUGAAAAAAAAAUAAAAUAAAAUGUAUCAAAAUAAAAAGAAUCGUCAGAAAAAUCCACAGGAGGGAAUUAAUCUUUUAUCAAAAUUAACAUUUGCAUGGGUUAUGAAAUAUUUUCGUGAAGGUUUCAACAGAGAUUUAUUGGAGGAUGAUCUCUUUACACCUUUGACAGGUCAUUCGAGUUAUAAUUUAGGUGAACAUUUGGAUAAUGUUUGGCAAUCUGAAAGAAAAUUUGAUAACAAAAAAAAAAGUUAUAAACCAAGUAUUUGGAAAGCACUUUUUAAAUGUUUUGGAUUUGAAGUAUUUAAAGUAGGAUUACUACAAUUUUUCUCAGAAGUUGUCAUAAGACUACCGCCACCAAUUUUUCUCGCAAAAAUGUUAAGCUACUAUAAUGGUAAUAAAAAUAAUAUGUCAACCGAUGAGGCAUAUUAUUGGUCGACUGGUUUAAUUUUAUGCUUUCUUUUAUCGGGACCAUUUUUUCAACUUGGACUUUUUAAAAUGCUUGUACUUGGAAUGAAAUUUAGAGUUGCAUUGUGUGCUCUUAUUUACAGAAAAUUAUUAAGAACAUCAAAUUCAUCGAAUACAGAAACUACAGCUGGUCAAAUUGUCAACUAUUUAAGUAACGAUGUAAUGGCCUUGGAAUUAAUUUUGGUUUGUUUCAAUUACUUGUGGAUUGGUCCAAUAAAGACAAUUAUAAUACUUUAUUUAAUGUACACGGAAGUUGAUUUAUCGGCAGUGUUUGGCGUAAUAUUUUUAUUAUUACUUGUUCCAUUGCAAGGUUCAGUAUCAAAAUAUGUUUCAAAAUUAACAUUGAAAGCAGCAUCAAAGACAGAUGAACGUCUUAGAAUAAUGAAUGAAAUAAUAAUGGGCAUACAAGUUAUUAAAAUGUACGCUUGGGAAAAGCCAUUUUCUUAUCUUGUUAAUAAAGCAAGAGAGCAGGAAGUAAAAGCGAUAAGAAAUUGUGCCUUUGUGGAUAUUGUCGUCAUGUCAUUUCAGUGGUAUGCAGCUCGAGUUGGAAUUUUCAUCACAAUUGUCGCUUACGUUUUUCUUGGCAAUAAAAUCACUGUCGAGAAAGCAUUUAUGAUAACGGCAUUUUACAAUGAAUUAAAAAAUUGCAUGAAUAUAAUGUUUACAUUUGCCAUGCAACGUCUUGCUCAAUCAACAGCAUCAAUUGAACGUAUUCGAACUUAUCUUUUAAGUGAUGAACUUGGAGAAGAAUUACAAGAAAUUUCCAACAAUAAUUUACAAGAAAAAUAUCCCUCAAACGUUGUUCUUUCAUUAAAAAAUAUUUCAGCCAAAUGGUCAUCUUCUGAUUUACAAGAGUCAAGAAAAUAUACAUUAAAUGAUAUUAAUUUUACCGCACUAACUGGUUCGUUAACAGCAAUAAUUGGUCAAGUUGGCGCUGGUAAAUCAAGUCUUCUUCAUUUAAUAAUUGGUGAAUUACCAAUAAAACAGGGACAAUUUCAUAUUGAUGGUAAAUUUAUGUACGUCAGUCAAGAACCAUGGAUAUUUGCCGCAAGUAUUAGACAAAAUAUUCUUUUUGGUCGUGAAAUGAAUAAAUCGCGUUACAAUGAUGUAAUUAGAGUUUGUCAAUUGGAAAGGGAUUUAACACUUUUUCAACACAGGGAUCAAACAAUUAUUGGCGAAAAGGGUACAACAUUGAGUGGUGGACAACGUGCAAGAAUUAGUUUGGCACGCGCUGUCUAUGCGGAUGUUGAUAUUUAUCUUUUUGAUGAUCCAUUGUCGGCUGUUGAUGCACAUGUUGGUAGAUCGAUAUUUAAAAAUUGUAUUUGUCAAUUUCUCGAUGGUAAAACGAGAAUUUUAGUUACACAUCAAUUGCAAUAUUUACAGAAUGUUGAUAAUAUUUAUGUAUUAAAUAAUGGUUACGUUGAAAUGAAUGGUACUGUUAAUGAAUUGAAAAAUUCAAAUCAUGAAUUUUUAUCAUUUUUACAAAAUGAUGACAAUAAUGAAUUAAAUAUUGUGAAUGAAAAAAUUGAUGAAACUUUAAAUCAAAAUAAUGAGACAAUUAUUUCUGAGGAGGAACGUGAAGCAAUUGCAGAAUAUACACAAACUGGUAAAGUUUCGAAAAAAGUGUUUUACGAUUAUUUUAAAGCCGGUGGAAGUAUUUGGAGGAGAUUAUUGGUUUUUUGUUUUAUUAUUAUAAUGCCAUUGUUGGUUAUUGUUGGUGAUUAUUUUGUUACAUAUUGGAUAACAAUAUUGGAGGAGAAUGAUAGAAGGAAAGAAUUGAAUGGUACUGAUUUUGGAAAUAGUGAAACAAUGGGAGAAAUAACAGAAGGAAAGAAAGAAGAAAUUGACAAUAAUGAUGAUGUUUGGUUUGUUUAUGUUUAUUUGGGAUUAAUUUUAGCGACUGUUGUUGCGGUUUAUAUGAAGUAUUUUAUGUUUAUGUCAAUGUGCUUGAAGGCGUCGAAAAAUCUACAUGCUUCUGUUUUUUCGAAUAUCACUAGAACAACGAUGACGUUUUUUCAUAAUAAUCCAUCGGGAAGAAUUAUGAAUAGGUUCUCCAAAGACAUGGGCAUAAUGGACAAAUUACUUCCCCAAGCACUAAACGAUGUGUCAUCAUUUUUCACCUACAUGAUGGGAAUUGCAAUCAUGACAGUUGUAAUAAACUACUGGAUGUUAAUACCCCUAAUUAUUUCACUUAUUUUUCUCACAAUGUUAAAGGAAAUUUACUGGCGUACAAGUCGCAGCGUUAAGAGACUCGAAGGAUUAACUAAAUCACCAAUGUUCAGUCAUUUAAAUGCAACAAUCCAAGGAAUAACAACAAUAAGAGCCUUCAAAGCAGAAAAUUUAAUGAUCAAAGAAUUUGACGAGAGUCAAGAUUUAAAUUCAUCAGCGUGGCUUCUAUUUGCAGCAUGUGGUCGUGCAUUUGCAUAUUACGUUGAAAUAUUGUGUACAAUUUAUUUAGCAGUUAUUAUCUAUAUUUUUCUUUUAUUUAAAGAUAUGAGUUCAGCGGGUGACGUUGCAUUAAUUAUAACACAAACAAUAUCAAUGACAAUUUUGGUACAAUGGUGUAUGUUUCAAGUUGUUGAAGUACAAACAAAUAUGACAUGCGUUGAACGUAUUUUGGAUUAUAAUAAAAUUCCCCAAGAACCGCCAUUUGACAGUGAUCCAAAAGUAAAACCAAAAAAAGAAUGGCCUGAAUAUGGAAAAAUUGAAUUUAAAAAUGUUUCAUUAAAUUACAAUGAUAGUGAUAAAGCGGUAUUAAAGAAUUUAUCAUUUUUGGUGGAAUCAAAGGAGAAAAUUGGUAUUGUUGGACGUACUGGUGCUGGUAAAUCAUCAAUGAUUGUUGCAUUAUUUCGUUUAGCAAAUUUAGAGGGUGAAAUUAAAAUUGAUGAUAUUUCUAUUGAAACAUUGGGAUUACAUGAUUUACGUUCAAAAAUUAGUAUUAUACCACAGGAACCAUUAUUAUUUGCCGGUACAUUGCGCGCUAAUCUCGAUCCAUUUGAUGAAUAUUCUGAUGAUGAAUUAUGGCAAUCUUUAGCUGAAGUUGAAUUAAAAAAUUAUGUACAGGAUAUGAUUUCGGGUCUAUAUGGUAAAGUAACGGAUGGUGGGGCAAAUUUUAGUAUUGGACAAAGGCAAUUGUUGUGUUUGGCAAGGGCAAUUGUGAGAAAGAAUAAAAUUUUGGUACUUGAUGAAGCAACAGCGAAUGUUGAUCCACAAACUGAUAAUUUAAUACAAAAAACAAUUAGAAGUCGAUUUCAAAAUUGUACAAUUUUAAUUGUUGCACAUAGACUGAAUACUGUUAUGGAUUGUGAUAGAUUUAUUGUUAUGGAUGCUGGUGAAAUAGUGGAAUUUGAUCAUCCACAUUUGUUGCUACAAAAGGAAAAUGGCUAUCUACAAGAAAUGGUUCGACAAUGCGGAAGUGAGACAUCAUCUUCAUUGAGAACAAUAGCGGAAGUGAGUUAUCAAAAACGAAGAAAGUACCUGAAUUCCAAAGAAGAAAAAAUUGAAACAUAACUAUAGUGGAAAAUUAGGCAAAAUAUUUUUUUUUUUUUUUUUUUUUUAAGUAUCUUGUAGUACAUUAAAUUUUAAUUAUCUAAUUAAUAAUAUUUUUAAUAAUUGUUAAUAAUUUUAUAAAAAAUUUUAUUUAUUUAACUAUAAUGUAAUUUUUACUAUAUGUAAAUUGUGAAUGCAAAAAUUAUAUUUUAAAAAGCGAAAUAAAACGAUUAUUUGUAAAUAGUAAAAUAAAAAUAAUUUUAAUAAAAAAAA